AUGAGUUUUGUGGAAGUCUUUCCUUCUCUUGUGGUGAGAGAUGUAUCCAGCAGCAGCAAUAGCGGGUUGCUAUUCAAUCAAAAGAACGCAUCGGCUUCAGCUCAUCAUCAGAGGACCAAUAGCACCGAUGAUAACAACAUGAUGAAACCCGUUGUGGAAGGAGAUUAUGUUUGUUUGUUGGAAAAUGAAUCCAAUCAUCAUCAAGAUGUAAAUGCCAUGUUUUAUGAAAAGAUGUUUCAAGCGAUUAAACAUCAAGAUGAAGCCGAUAUGAGAUGUGGUGGUGGUAGCUUUAAUAUUAAUUCUCAACUUACACUCGUAUGGAAAACAAUUGGAAAUGACUUGAUUUUGCAAGAGGUCGAUUUGUAUGGAGAGCAAUCCUCAAGAACAUUCACCUUCAAAGCUCCCGCAAAUGUCUUCUUUCUUCCAGGAGUUUCACUCAAGAAAACUAACCUAGAAAUAACUCUGUGGGCUUUAGCUACCAAUAGGACAUUAUAUCGAAUUAGCUUGACACAUACAAACAACAGCUUCAUCGAUGGAAUAGUUUCUCUUUUACGUCAAAAAAUUCCUAUUGUGGAAGUGUUACGAAUUGGUAUGGCGACAGAGGAAAUUGAAAUUGCCUACAAUAGAGCCAACCAAAAAUCAAUUUUUACUGGGUUCUUUGGAGGAUCAUCUUCCGAAGAAAAUAACAUCGAUUUCUUCAACAAUCAUAGUCAACAUUUUCCAACAUGCCUCUAUGGAAUUGAACAUGACGCAGCUAUCAUUGGAUUUGCAAAUGGUGACUUGUUGAGAGUUGUCAAAAAUGUCGAUAAUUCCACGCAAAUGAAUAGAUUCAUUUUUGAAAAUAGUACAACAAGUAGCUGGCCAUGGUUUUCGAGUAGGAAUAAGGAUGUUACAUUAAUGGAAGUUUUCAAGAAUGCCGUCGUUUCUGUUAAGAACAUUUCGAUGUUCAACAAUCAACUAGAUCUUAUAAUUUCUCUUCACAGAAAUGGAUAUUUAAUGGUUUGGAGAGAAGAUAUUGAUACAAAUGUUAUGUCAUCAGAGGAUAAAGAGACCACACAAAACCAAACAACUAGUAAUAAUUUGCAACUUUUAACGUUAAACAUUCCUAGAGAACAAUUCAAUGAAGAUGUCAUCUCUGAAAAAGACCUUAUUGACAGCCUACGAUUUUGCUCGGAUCCUUUGAAAGUUAUCGCAUCAUCAUCUACUUUAUCGCAAAAUACUACUCAUAAUUUUAAUGUUGUGCUGACAUAUGCAAGACUCCUCGGAAAAACCUCCUCAGCCACUUCCAUUACUGCUCCAGUGACGGAUGAGACUUUAUUUACGGCGCUUAACUUUGAAACAACAUUUGACGAAGAGCAAAAUCAAUUCUAUCUUGAAUACCACGGCAUUGAAAACGUAAAAUACUUUUCAUCAGAACUUUUACAAAAAGAUUUAUUCCAAUUUUAUGGGAAUAGCUCAAUAGCGUCAAGAUUGAUCGCUUUUGACAUUGUUGCUGGAAAUGUGUGGGCGAUUUGGUCAGUGAGAGAUUUCAGUUUUAGAAAUAUUAUAGAAGGGGGCUAUUCUUCAUUUCUUUCAUAUGCUGCUUCCUAUGGAUCAAUUUUAUCAUCGGCAGAUCAAACUCAAUCUGCUUGGUCCUUUGUUCGUACUCUUCACUCACAGUACGCAAGUGGACUUUUGAAAGUUAGCAAAGUUAAUAACCAAGUGGAGAAUAUUAGAGGUUUCGUUAUGCAAUUCCUUUUUGAAAGCUCGAUACGAAAUAUGCUUAAUUCCAACGUAUUACUGAGAGCAAUUGUUUCAUUCUAUCCAAAAGAUGAGUUACCUACUUUGGCUCAAUCUCUAGGACUCUCUGAAGAUUAUAAUAAUGAAGUUUUUUCUCCUCAAUUAGAUCAUGUUUUCUGGAUGGAACGUAUCACAUAUGCCAUUGAGUAUACUCUUUCUCAAAAGAGAGCCAUGAUCGACGAUGAAAAUUCUCUACAACGAGGUCAAAUGGAAGCCAAGAUGGAAAUACAGACAUGGAAAGAAUUUUUGCACACACUGAUACAGGUGUGGAUAACAUUUAACUCUCCACUUGCGUUCGUGUGGUUUGACUCAAAUUCGCAGCAAACACCAGGAAUUAUUUAUACCGGUAAUUUCAAAUCAGCACCUUCUGUAUCCAUGCUUCGCUCCAUGGAUACCCUUGAAAAUAUUUUCCACAACGUGAACCAGCAAAAUUGCAAUAGAAACUAUGUGCUUGUGGCUGAUCAGAUUCAUCUUACCAAAGAAAUUACCUCCAAGUUAUCCUUUUCCAAAGAUUUAAUACGUUUGUUUGAAUUGUUGAAUUUUAUUGAGACUUCUGUUGCUGAGCUUUCCAAAUCGUUCAAUAUUUUACCGUACCAUUUCUCGAAAAAGCUAGGUUUAGAAUGUGAAGAUCCUUCGGUCACUGCGAGAGUGAUUGCACUUGAAUUGGUUUCUGGCUUAACAUUCCCAGGAGCUAAUGAGCUUCCUGAUACCCUCAUUCUAGACUCAAAAAUUAAUUCUAAAAGAAAGCUUUUUGUACAUGAGUUUUUGAAGAGACUGAACAAGAUUACAAGUACUCCAAUCUAUGUCAUUUUGAAUUACAUUUCGAGAAAAUUGAUUGGUUUGGAGAGUACGAUAGUCGACAGCACAAGUGCUUCAUCCUCAGAACGAAGAGCGUCUCUACGGAGCUCUAAUUUCGUUUCUCUUAUUAAUGGCGCUUCCAUGCAACUGUUAGAGUCUCGAUUCUAUUUAUGUUGCCAAUUGUGCGUAUUUGUUGAAGUGAUGAAGUUAUUGACGCCCAAUGAUUAUUCCAUGAUGCACAGUAUUGCGUUGUCGGACUCUCUUGAAAGCAAGAAUUAUUACACAGCUCUUAGGGGCUAUCACAUUGCUUGGUGGCUCUCUACCAGAAGUAUUGAGGCCAAUUUUGGAACUUUGAAUUUGGCAAAAUUCUUGUCUGAAUCGAAACUGAACUUGACCGAUUACAUGCUCAGUUAUCCUACUUUACACAAUUCAAAGAAUCAUACCUUCCUUUUUGAGAUGUUGCUCAGAGAGUCUCGAGUCUCGAGUGACAUUUCAUUGCUCUUGGAUCAACUGUCUUCACACAAUUUAACAUUGAGUAGACUCGUCACCAAUAUUGCCUCAAACUUUGUGCAUCACAAUAUUCUUGUUGAAUAUGAAGGUAUUAAUCAACAUUCGAACGACUUGGAAAUUUGUCAAUAUCUUAUUAAUUGGCAAGCAUUUGAAACCUUAAAAGAGUAUACGAGUAUACUGCAGAGUUAUGAUGCUUCUUUCCCUCACUCGUUCCAUUUCUUGGGUAUUGCCAACCUUCAACAAGGAGAACCUUUGCAGGCCAAAGAAAAUUUUGUGAAGUGUGCCAUCAUUGCUAUUAAUAAUAGAUCCAAGCAAGAAGAAACGAAACGAUUGUUCGAACUCAUGAAUGUUUAUUGGAAGGUUGAGCCAUCGAUCGUGAACUCAAAGACUAGCCAAGAGCUCGUUAAGAAGUCCGUUGCAUUCUACUAUUACAACUAUGUCAGACAAUUGUGCGGAAAGCAUCCAGAAUUGGGAUUAGAAUUUACAAACCUUGCUCUUAUGGAGGCAGACAGUGAAGUAGUACCUCAAGAAGAGAUUAAUAUUUUGUAUAGCGUCUUAUUUACAUUAAGUUUACAUUUUGAUCGUUAUGAUGAUGCAUAUGUAGCCAUUAAUUGUCAAACUGAUGUUCAAAGAAAGAAGGCAGACCUCAGAAAGUUUGUUGGAACCAUUUGUGAAUUGGCAGCUGUUAAUGCAGCACAAUGUGCCUACUAUGGAAACAUGUUGUGUGAAUUGCCUUUCACUGGCAUGCGAAAUGAAGUCAAUGAAUUACUCCAUGAAAGAGCCAUGCAUGCCGAUCUCACAAUUAGAAUGUCAGAAACAGCACCCUAUUAUUACGGCUCACUCUCAUCUGUUAAGGUUCUCCAUCCAAAUAACUCUUCCAUCGCAUUGUCUCGAUCCAAGUUGACGCUUCUCGAAGAACAUCAAGAACGUAUCAAUUCAACAUAUGCCUACUAUCAUCUGUUGUACUCCUUCAAUGUUCAUAGAGGCGACUACAACAAGGCAGCGCUGUACAUGUAUGAAUUAGGUCGCAGAAUCGACAGCCAAGUGAGACUUAUUCCCAUGUCUGUCUCUUCAGAUUCUGCCUAUGAGGAAAUUAUUGAAGCCUACCUGAAGAAGCAAGCAGAAUGUUUCUUAAUUUCUCUCAAUGUCCUCAAGCUCGUCUCUGAAAAGAAUCAAUGGUUCCUGUAUCCGUUCCCUGAUGAUAGUGUUGAAUCGAUCGAUCGCUCCGUCAGUCCUCUCAAGAGAAAUCGUGAUAGUCAAUCCAUGGCCAUUGAGAAUGAAGAUCUGGAAAAGAGAAUUCAUCCAGGUAUUAUUACAAUUUCUCAACUCGAGACUCGAUAUCACAUGGCGUCUUCAAAGGUGACCAUUCUCCAGUGCCAGAGAAAGAAUCCAACCAAUACGUUCAAUGUGCUUUCAUUGCUCUUGUUGAACAAGCCACUCGAUGUGAUUGUCUUGCUUGCCUCUGAGAAUUGUGAGGAAUAUGAAAAGGCGUUCUAUGUGGCUACUUGUUGCAAACUGCCUCCAAGUGAUUUGGCAGAAAUUUUCACACGACUUGCCCGUAAAUGUUACAACAAUGAGCAACAGCCACUUGUUUCAAAGAGUAGUACAGAAAAAUUAUGGCAAUUAUUGAGAACAAAGUUGAGAAAACACGACAGUGCUGCCACGAAUUAUCAAUUAAGUGCAGCUUGUGUCAGAACCAUCUAUAAGGAAAUUCAAUUGUUUGAACACAACAAUAUGCAACGCUCCCAGAAGCAAUCACCUCAACAAGAACCAUCCAAUAUUGAUGGAAAACUUAACAACGAUGGAAUUCCAUUGUGGUUGCUCGACAUGUGUGAACCCAACACCUUAUUACGAAUUUAUCUCGAAUUUGGUAAGAGAAAAGAUGCACAUGAAUUACUGAAACUCAAUAAUGCCUUCCCUCCAAGUACAGACACUCCCAAUCGCCUCAAAAUUCCAAUUACCUAUUCCAUGAGAGAAUAUGCCUCCAAUUUUUAA